UAUAUAAUAUAUAUAUAUGUAUGUAAAUACAUACACAUAUAUGCAGUAUAUAUAUAAAUAUACAAACGGUACCCCUUUGUGCUGGUGUUUCUAGAAAUUUCUCUUUCUACAGUUUAAAGAAACAUAAAUGGUGGUGGGUAAGCCUGACCGACUGCAGUUUACUUUAUAUUACGGCAACCUGUUUAGUAAUUUCACAUCAAGGAGUAGAGAUGAUUAUUAUUAUUAUUAUUAUUAUUAUUAUUAUUAUUAUUGGUGGCUAUUAGGACAGAGCUGUCUGUCUGGCUCCAUACUAACUGUCUGCUUUCUGUGUUCUUUAAGGAAAUCUGACCCUGUCUUUCAAUACUGACUCAUAGUUCAGCCGAAAACGAAAUGUACACAAUGUUCUCCUUUACUCCGAGUGUAGUCGGUUAGCCAAGCCUAGUUUGGCGUCUGAAGUUUGCCCGUUUAGUCGAAGACGAGUCCGGAUGAUUGAUCAUUUAUACAGUACGUCGAGACUGGCGUGUGCUUAUGUUGAGGCUCGGGGAAAUGUGGUUACGUGCAGCAGAAAAACAUGCACGAGAGCGUCAAGAAAAGAUCAAAAUGGAAUAAAAGAAGUACACUGGGAAUAUAAUGAAGAAAACACGAUGUAGGCGAGUGGGGAAUGAGGGAGAGGAAUUGGUAAAGUGUUUAGUUUUAGCACCGGAAGUGUGUGUGUGUGUGUGUGUGUGAGAGAGAGAGAGAGCGUGGAAAAACCCUUCACCUGGUGAAAUUUUCUACUAUAUAUAGUUCUGAGAGCAGGCUUUGUGCAGUGCAUGUGAAUCACAGACAUUCUGACUGUCGGUAUCUGAUUAUGAGCUUCAUCACUCUUCUGUCUGUUUCACUACAGCAUGUAGUUAUCUAGCAACUUGAACCGGUGACCGUCACUGUGUGAGGAAAUCACACUUCACUAGCAAGGGUUUCGACAACUUUAGGCAGACUGACUCUGUUAAACUGGCUUCCUACCAACCGAAAUCCCAGAUCAGAACGGAAAUAUAUACAUUUCUCUGUCGUUUUGGGGGGAAAUAUAUAUAUUUAUGGUUUCUUAAAUUUGAGGGGUCGGAUACGCUUGUGCCAUGUAAUGAUUUACUCAGAUUAUUCUUAUAGUACCCCGGACCUUUAUGCAUUUUGUGUAGUAGCUCCUACUUAACAUCGGAGUAAGCUAGUACGAGUUCUUACUCAAAAAAUAUACCGAAAGAGUAAUCUCUUUCAUACUCGCUCCAUUCUCUCUCUCUCUCUCUCUCUCUCUCUCUCUCUUCUCUCUGUCUCUCUCUCUCUCUCUGUGUCUCUCUCCUCUCCUUGGUCUCUCUCUCUCCUCUCUCUUCUCGGUCUCUCUUCUGUCUGUCUCUCUCUCUCUCUGUGUCUCUCUCUCUCCUCUCCUCGGUCUGUCUCUCUCUCUCUCUCUCUCUCUCUCUCUCUGUCUCUCCCUGUGUGUGUCUCUCUCUCUCUCUCUCUUCUCUCUCUCUCUCUCUCUCUCUCUCUCUCUCUCUCACUCAGUCAGGGCAACACUGGUCAAUCAGUGCGAUCAUGUAUGUGGAAGAUGGCAGAUAGCACUGUCCUCCGAGUGUGUUAUUCCGCUCUGUGACGCUGCAUGAGUCUGAAAGAUGCGGUUAGCUGGCUUCCCGUGUCUCAGAGCCGGCACGUGUUGGCCUUCACCCAGCUGUUGUAAGACAUGGAAUAGCCAGCUGGUGGGUGGGAAUUUUUAAGUGAAUAAAAAAAAAAUCAUCAAUCAACUUUAUUUAACUGUAUAUUUGUUUUGUCCAAAAGAUUUUUUUUUUUUAAAUUGUUAAUGGAAUCACCAAAAAAUCCACCGUCCAGCUGAGCUUUCAUCAUUGCCACUGCCAGCAAGCAGUUCCAGACUGCACAACUGCUAGCAGUAUUACUUCCUCCCCUACUCUCCUCAAGCCUGAAAUGGUGGAAACGCUUCCUUUCCUGUCUUUUUAGCUUUUAUUGGUUUGGGACAAGUAAAAAAAAAAAAAAAAAAAGGAUUCUUCCUUGCGAGUAAGAAAAAAAUCAGUAUCGCACAAGCCUAGUGCCGAAGUACAUUAUAGGCAGAAGAACGCGAUUUUUCAUCUCUUUCAGCCACAGCGUCAAUGCAUGGGUUUCCCCAGACCACAAACGCAAAUAUGAUGCACUGUUAUUCAUCAACAGGAAGUUGGCGGAUCAUCUCCCAGCUCAUCUCGAUGUUACACGGUAGAAACAUCCUUCACGUUACAUUUACAAGCAGAGCAGUACCGAGAUGUCACGUCAAACUGGCACUCUAAAUAUUUCCCAAGCCGAGUUAUUAUUAUUAUUAUUAUUAUUAUUAUUAGCGAAUAGUCCGGAGAGAGGAAGCCGUGCACCCUUACAACCUUCUCAUGGUGAUCUGAGAAGAGCCGAAAUAGGGAAGACGACGAUAGCAGAGCCGGGGUGCAACUUCUCUCGUUAAGGUCCUCCAAGCUCCUCACCUUUUCUGGACUUGUGCUAUUGGAAUUCUGUUUUCCUUUGGAAAUUUCUUUUCUUUAGGGGGUACGCUGGCAUAGUGAUUAGCACGUUUGCCUCGCGCCUCCACAGUUUGGGGUUCGAAUCCCGCCUCCACCCUGCGUGUUCUCCCGGUGCUUUGGGGUUUCCUCCGGGUACUCCGGUUUCCUCCUAUCCAAAGACGUGCGUUGUAGGCUGGUUGGUGUUUCCAAAUCGUGUGUGAUUGUGCACCGUGAUGAUUUGACACCCCAUACAGGGUGUGUCCCCCCCGCCCUGUUGUACGAGUUCCCUGGGAUAGGUUUCCCGUGACUGUGGAGGAAAAGCAGUACAGAAAAUGGAUGGAUGCAUUUUUUAUCCUUCCUCUGCACAUGGGUCAGAAGAUCAAGGUAUUGUUUAUUAAAAGUAAUUGAUCUUUUAUACGAUAUACUUACAAUUAGUCAAAUAUUGAACUUAUGCUGAUGUUUUAUGUGAUGUUAUGUUUAUAUAUAUAUAUAUGAUGCUAACUGGAAACUACAAGCUUGCAUUAUUUGUCAGCUACACUACCCUUCUAGCUCCAGUGCGAAACUAAAGACGCGAACUUCAGACGUAAAACUUCAGUGUCUUGGCUCGUUGACUACAUUUCGAACAAGGGGAUCAUUGUGUGUGUUUCAUUUUUGAAGGAACCGUUCCUUUAAUGCCCCGUUGUUGACUUUUGCACAGUCUUUUUUUUUUCCUUUGACUCAUGUCGUCCUUGCCAAAUUCCAUCAGUUAUGUACACCGAGAUGGAGGCGUUGGGUCGUUUUGAAAAUAUGAAGUUUAUUUAUUGAUUUUUGCUUCUGUUUUUAUACGUACAGCUUCAUCUGCCAUUUUCACUGUUUUGAAAACGAAACUUUCUUAGACUGCAGGAAUGCCUUCUAAUGAAGUUCUGCUCCUCAGGAUUCUGAAGUGAAACUGGCAAGAGGUUGUUCGGACGAGGGUUCGUAAAAACAGUAUUGGAACAGGGCCUGUGACUAGACGUAGAGUUAGGUGGAUCAGCCGGGGGGUUAAAUUUGACCUAUGGACUAUUAGCGUUUAGUGAUAAAUGAGAAGAACGACGCUUCUGUGUUGUCUAAAUGAAAUUCGUCCUUCGUCUAGCAAUAAGGUGCAACAGUAGGAAGCAAUUCAGCUGUACAAACCACUAGACUAAUUAACAGACCAGAGCUUGCCUAAAUGUGCCACUUUGUGGGAGUGUGUUUGUGUUUUUGCCUAGCUUGCUGAAGUCUGAAAUGUGUAUGAUGCAGCUUCACAGAGGAAAGGUGCGGAAUGCGUUCGCGGCCGUUCAGCCCGAUGAACGUCGCGAGGACUUCCGUCAAACAGAAAAGGAAAGGGAACUCGACCCUCAUCAUGUCAUUACUGUCUUUUUAUUUUUACGUUGUUUUUUUUGUUUGUUUUUAGGAAUUUUAACAAAUUAUGCUAGACUGGUCUUUAGUUUCCAUUUUGUACUCCUGUUGCCCUUCUCUUUCCAGCUGCCCAGCCAUUUUACAACACGGAUUAAUUGUGCUGGAAUAAAAAUGAUAAAUAUCAACGGACUGCGAUGUGUGUGAGCGUGAAGCUGUUGCUGUGUUUAAUUAGGUUAACGGUGUUCAUUUCUACACCGAAGAUUUCAGUGCGAUUUAAUAGGAUGGGUGUCAAUAAUACUGAAAAAAAAAAAAAAACAACCACCCGGCCUUACUAAAAACUUACAUAAACACUUCAUGGGGUAUUCGUGAAUGUUUAGAUCAUGAGGUUUACAUAAUAUCAACAUUGCAUACUAUGUUAAAGAUUUAAUAAUAAUAAUAAUUAUAGUCUGGAUAUACAAUACUACAUUGGCACCCUGUCCAGGGUGUACCCCGCCUUGUUCCCGAUGCUCCCUGGGAUAGGCUCCAGGUUUCCCUGUGACCCUGAAAAGGAUUAAGCGGUAUAGAAGAUGGAUGGAUAUACAAUAUUGUAUUCAAUUACUCAGACAAAAAUGCUCCUCUUCCCUCAAAGUACAGGUGAUGAAAACCAUACCGCCCUGGCUGAAAUGCAAAACAGUCUGCUUCCAUUAGUACGGCAUUUCAGUGCCUACAAGGAAUAAAUUAUGUCCUAUGGAGAUAUUAUGGGCUAUGGAGAAAUGCCUCCAAGAUACGGAGUCCCCACUGACGUACUUGUGUAAGGUUGCCUUUGUUAAAGCCAAAUGCCUGCUCAUAAUACAUUUGCUGUCCAAGUCCUUUUUUGUUUAUAUGUAUAUAAUGUGUGUGUGUGUGUGUCUUUUUUUUUUUUUUUUUUUUUUUAAACAAAAAACCUCCAUACUAGUACUCCAUACUAAUGUUAUUUAAAUGUGUAAUGUUCGUUUAAAAUUCAUGAAAGUCUAAUUAUAUAUAAAAUGUGUAGUGAUCGUUUUGUUUUGGGGGGAAAAAAAAACUUAUAAAUCACAUGUUUAUAUUUGUACUGAAGUUAAUGAGGUAUAUACUAUAUAGUUUGUGUAGGCCACAAAAAAAAAAAAAAAAAAGAGCUUUGUUCAUUUCUAUGACGUUUUUGGUUUUCAUGAGGGUAACUUUUAAAAACAUGUUUCAGUGAAUUUCAAUCCCACAUUUCAAAUGAAAUUAGAAAGAUCUGUGGAUCAAGACAAUCGUGUUAAUGAGUAAAGAAUAAGGAGGUAAAGGGGUUUUUUUUCCAAGCAGGCUCAUAUCAGAUGAGUAGAAUUAAAUUAUUAUUAUUAUUAUUAUUAUUAUUAUUAUUAUUAUUUAAUCUCUGCUAGUUGCUUUCCGACAAGAUCAGUUAUACAGAUUCGGGUUUUAGUUUUUUUUGUUUGUUUGUUUGUUUGUUUUCUUUUAUCAUAUUACUCAAAUAAUUCAACAGAAACAUCUAGAAGUAUAAAAUAUAUAUUUUAUAAAAUGUAGACUUCCUGCUCUGAGCGAAUCUUUGAGCCGAUCCACUCGAUCUCCGUAUUUUCCGUUUAAAACGGAUUGAACUCUCCUCUAGUGAUGUAUCGUUCAUUUUGAACGAAUCUUUAAUAUGACUCGGGAACAACGAGUUGACUCGGAGUGAUUUGUUCAGUUUGUCUUGACCGCGCAUGCGCUGAAACAUCUCGAUGGGUUCUGUACCGGAAACAGAAAUGAUUAGUUCGCGUCUCGAGUCUUCUCGUUCGAGUCGUUCGUUCAUUCGGUGACCGCCGCGUAGGCAGUACACCAUGCAGUACCGGACACGGAAUGAACGAACGAACGAUUCGAACCGACGACUCGAGACGUGAACUAAUCAUUUCUGUUUCCGGGGAACAGACGUGACAAAAGUGACGUGACAAAAGAAAGAACGAAUCGGAUCGGGAGGUGAACUAACGGACUGCAUAACCUGAAGACCUAAUGCUAAGCAAUUAAUGAAUCACUUCUGUUUGUCAUAAUUCAUCCUUGGCUGCAUUAACCUAUACUUUAUUUGAUAGUUUAUUAAGUACUAGAUGUGUUGGGGAAUUUAACAUAUAACAAUUUAAUUAUAUUCUGCUGAAAUGAACCAAAUGACUCGAAAAAAAGAUUCGUUCAUGAACGAGAUUCAAAGAUCCGAACUAGAUCCAUCACUAUUCUCACUUUAUUCGACACUUUAAGUGUCGACACGCCCACUCCUGUCCCGCGUGCGCUCGCGGUGAAAUCUGGUUGGUAGGUUACUGGUGCUAGGUAACCUGCGGCGUUUGUUUCGCUACUUUCAACCAAUGAAAUCGUCGCCAGCGUCGCUCUGUAAGCCAAUCAAAUUUCAGGGUUUGAGUGGCAGUUUAAAAAUCGUUCUUGUGGGUUCGGUCUCAAACUGCUGGUUAUCGGUUGUAGUGUGCACUGCGACAGGUCACUAGAGCUGUACUUUAACACUCUACGUAGUGUGCUUGUAUAGGGCGUAGGAAGGCGUUUGAGAUUCGGCCUGCUCAACUUUGGCUGCUGUCAGUAUAAGAGCUGGAACAGGUUUAUCUCGAGUAAAUUAGGCUGUGUGUUCUUAAUAAUAAAUUUUUAACGGUGUUAUCAGACGGGGACGGCUGUAUAAGAUUAAGUGUUGUAGCUGCCACAAUGCCGUCCCGCACGGAGGAUUACGAAGUUCUCAGCACCAUAGGCUCCGGCUCGUACGGAAAAUGCCAGAAAAUUCGGAGAAAAUCCGACGGAAAGAUCCUGGUGUGGAAGGAGCUGGAUUACGGCACCAUGGCCGAGGUGGAGAAGCAGAUGUUGGUGUCGGAAGUGAACCUGCUGCGGGAGCUGAGACACCCUAACAUCGUCAGGUACUACGACCGCAUCAUCGACCGCACCAACGCCACUCUGUAUAUCGUGAUGGAGUUCUGCGAGGGUGGAGACCUGGCCACACUCAUAACCAAGUGCAUUAAAGAGAGGAGAUAUCUGGAGGAGGAGUUCAUCCUGCGCGUCAUGGCUCAGCUGUCUCUGGCGCUAAAGGAGUGUCAUGGCCGAAAUGAUGGAGGCAGCACUGUCCUUCAUCGUGAUCUGAAACCUGCUAACAUCUUCCUCGAUGCCAGGCAGAACAUAAAACUUGGAGAUUUUGGCCUGGCACGGAUACUCAAACACGACACAAGCUUUGCUAAAACCUUUGUGGGAACUCCGUAUUACAUGUCACCGGAACAAAUGAAUCACAUGUCCUACAACGAAAAGUCCGACAUCUGGUCAUUAGGAUGUUUGCUGUAUGAGCUCUGUGCUUUGUCACCCCCUUUCACAGCCUAUAACCAGGAGGAACUGACUGAGAAGAUCAAUGUGGGGAAGUUCAGGAGGAUUCCGUACCGAUACUCGGAUGAGCUGAACACGCUGCUGUGCAGGAUGCUGCAUCUAAAAGAUUACCUGCGUCCCUCGGUGGAGUCGAUCCUCCAGAGCUCAUUAAUCUCCGCCUACGUGACUCGGGAGCAGAAGAAGGCUCAGGCGAAGCAGCAGCGGGGGUCAUCGGAGCCGGAGCAGCCUAAACUGGAGGAACUGAAGCUGAAGGAGCAGGCGUUACGCCAGCGUGAGCAGGACCUCAAGGAGCGAGAAGAGAGGCUGGAGCAGAAGGAGCAGGAACUGUGCAUCAGAGAGAGACUAACAAACGAGAAGCUGGCCAGAGCAGAGAGUUUGAUGAAGGUGUAUAAUGGGAUGAGGCAGCAGAGGGCGCAGACUCCACUGUUUACAGAAGACCGAGAUAAGAGCAAGGACACCUCACCCGGAAAGAAGAAAGUCCAUUUUGCAGGCGACAGCAAAGAGAACAUGUGGCCUGAGAUGAGAGUCAGCUUCAGAUCUCAGGAGCGUGUGCUCGUCAAGAAACUGCAGGCGGUUAAUAUAGGACAAGUGGAAAGGAAUUAUCCACUGAAGUGCAGGCCUAUGCAGGGUAUUCGCUAACCCUGACGGACUGUAAACCCGUCCCGAGGAAUGAAGCAUUUACUGAAGGCUUCAUUGAAAGCCUUGUAGAAAGAUUCCUUACAGGAAACGGAAUCAACCUUAGCUGGAAAUCUUGGCCUUGUUUUGAGCUCAUGCCUUUUCCUACAGCUUAACAUCAAGGAUUUCAAGACAUUUUAUUUAUGUUUUAGAAAGUGCAAUUUGGUCCAACACUGGAUAAUUGAAUUUAAUGUUAGGUCUGUGUUUCUGAGAACGUGAGUACUGUGUGUGUGUGUUCGUGCUUAAUUUUAUUUUUAGUAGUGUGAAAAAUGUUUGUACAUUUAUUGUGUAAAUCAGAAGAAAAGAAAACACUUUCUUGCA